AUGUUUGACCCCUCGCAGUAUCCCUACAACUGCUUCAAUUACGACGCCGACGACUACCCCGCCUGCAGCUCCGACGAAGACAAGAGGCUCACGCGGCCCGCGUACAGCUACAUCGCCUUGAUCGCCAUGGCCAUCCAACAGAGCCCCGCGGGGAGGGUGACCCUGUCCGGCAUCUACGACUUCAUCAUGCGCAAGUUCCCCUAUUACCGCGCCAACCAGCGCGCCUGGCAGAACUCCAUCCGCCACAACCUGUCCCUCAACAGCUGCUUCGUCAAGGUGCCGCGGUCCGAGGGCCACGAGAAGGGCAAAGGCAACUACUGGACUUUCGCGGGCGGCUGCGAGUCGCUGCUGGACCUCUUCGAGAACGGCAACUACCGGCGGCGGCGACGGCGGCGCGGCCCCAAGCGCGAGGGGCUG